AUGGAGUGUCUUCUUGAACAUAAACCUUACGAUUCGUCCAUGAAGGUGUAUGAUUCAUCUACUUUAAAGUCGUAUGACUCAUCAUUGAAGUCUUACGACCCACAUAUAAAAUAUGAAGGUCAUAUGAAACAAUAUGAGCAACAUCUGAAGCCAUAUGAGACAUCAAUGAAACCAUACGAAACAUCAAUGAAACCAUAUGAAACUUCAAUGAAAUCUUACGACACCAGAUCAUAUGACAGCGUAAUGAAACCAUAUGACACGUCAAUGAAACACUACGACCAUUCAGCAAUGCUGCCGGUCUCCAACGGUCAUGAUCUUUGUGAGAUCAAGAAUAUAGCAGGGUCAAAAAUUGAAAGCAAACCCUCAGGUGGUAUUGGGUCAGCAGCAAGUGGUAGCCAAUCGGCUAGCAAUGGAGGUGGCCGAGAAGAUGCUGAUAGCGAAGAUGAAGCUCCAAGCACAACCACAAAUCCUCCUGAAAGCCCUGAAGAGGAGGGAAAGAAUGGAAAGAAAUCCGGGGUUGGAGUCAGAAGAUCAGAAAAGCCUCCAUAUUCCUACAUUGCUUUGAUAGUUAUGGCGAUACAAUCUUCUCCAACGAAAAGAUGCACACUGAGUGAGAUUUACCAGUUUCUCCAGCAGCGUUUUCCCUUCUUCAGAGGCAGCUACCAGGGGUGGAAGAACUCUGUCAGACACAACUUGUCCCUGAAUGAAUGUUUUAUCAAGCUGCCCAAAGGAAUUGGGCGUCCAGGAAAGGGUCACUUCUGGACCAUCGACCCCGCGGCGGAGUUUAUGUUUGAAGAGGGAUCCUUCCGUAGAAGACCGCGAGGCUUUCGUAGAAAAUGCCAAGCGUUGAAACCUUUCGGAAUGUUGAACGGGAUGGGCAGUGGUGGACCAAUGAUGAGUCAUUAUGAUUUUAUGGGAGCGCAUAACACUGGCAUGAGUCCUAUGAACAUGCCUUGUGGGAUGUCCAGUGGGCAAAUGUCAUCAUAUGAUCCUUACUCACAACAGAUGAUGUCCGGAAACUCUAUGCAGCAGAUGAACAUGGGUGGUAAUUACGGUUCUAUGAACGCAAUGGGCCAUGGUAUGGGACCUUCAGAUUAUAAUCUAGGAACAUGCAACGUCUCCAGCGGGUUUCCUCCCCCUGUGUCUUCAACGCCAAAUAUGACGCCUCCGUCGUACGAUCGCGAAAUCAUGGGAUCUUCAAUGAGGGACCCAACCUCUAGGGAGAACCAUUCAAUACUUCUCCGAGAUUCGAUUAACUCUGAUAGUAUGGGAAGAGAUACUUCUGGAACAACAGGAGGAGUCGGCGUUGCUCAGCCAGUGUCCAGAGAUGGUCUUCUUUCGCCGUCCUCGGAUAUUACAGGACGCGACACAACCAUCUCAAUGACAAACAAAUACCCAGGAAGCAGCCCAUCAGCGUAUUCUACAAGAGACACAUCGAUCACAAGAGACCCUUCUUAUCACAUGCGGGAUGCAGCAAUAUAUUCAAAAGACACUUCAGCCAUGCGCGACAACUCUACACCUCUUUAUGCACGGGAAUCCAUCUCGGAUUCCCUCCGUGACUCUUCCAUGUACCACAGAGAGCAGCCAGAUAUAUUCAGUAGGGACUUCACAUCAACCAUGACCGGGGGACCAAGCGGCAACUUUACAGGACUUUACCAGUGGAGCGGGCCUGCCAACAGGGGCGGCUACCCUGGGGUGGUUAAGCAGCAGCCUUUGUCCCCGGCAGGAAGUACUGGUUCCUUACAAAGUAUGUCGCCGCCGUCAGGAAGUGACCAAAGCUCGUAUGGCAACGCCAGCGGUCACCCACUGGGCAGUGAGAGCAUGGAUCUGUCAGUUGCAGGUAACUUUCACUUUUGUUUUCAUGAUGCUUAA